GCUGAAGUGGGAGUCACGAGAAGAGAACCAUUUGAUGGAAGAAAAGAAAAAGAAAAAGCAAGAAGAAAAGAAAAAGAAGGAAGCUGCUCAGAAAAAGGCUGGCGAACAGAAAACCAAAGUGCCAGACUCUGCCAAGCCCAGCCCUCUCUCCCCUUCUAACCCCAGCGUGAGCCCACCAGCGCCCCCUGUCUGCAGCAGUGGCAAUGGCAAGCGUGCCCCCGGCGGUGCCCAGCAGCAGCAGCAGCCGCCAGUCGCCAGCGCCCGCUACCCGCCCCGAGAGGUGCCCCCGCGCUUCCGCCAGCACGAGCACAAGCAGCUGCUGAAGAGGGGUCAGCCUCUGCCCGGGAGCGGCCAGACGAGGGCGCUGUCUCCCCCCCGCACGCCCAGCGCCGCCGCCUCACAAACCUGCCCUGGGACCCCGCACACAGAGCCUCCCCACCCGAGUGUCCUGGGACCCCAGUAUGAGAACCCCCCCUGGGGACCCCCACCACCCACCAAUCGGAGCGGCUGGGAUCAAGUGAUCAUCGACGAGAGCGACGCCGAGGCCUGGCCCUCCAUCUCCCGCGGCGACGGCCGCUCGGCCGCGGAGCGCCAGAGCGUGGACAGCGAGGUCGUCACGGAGACCAGGGGCAGCGCCAUGAGCAUGGCCUCCGGACCCGGCCACUUCCCCGCCCACCACAAGCCUGGCGCCAUGGCAACCAGCCAGGGCGGGGCCAGCCGGGGCUGGGGCUCUGGCCCCGCCCACUGCCCUCCCUCGGAGGGGAAGGGGGACUCCCUGCCCCCGGGAGGGAGGGGCCAACCUUGCUGGGGUUCCCCCAACCUUAACUUGAACCUGAACCCCAACGCCAACCCCUCGGCCUGGCCCGUGCUGGGACACGAGGGGGCGGGGCCGGGGGGAGGCGGCUCGGGGACGAGCAACCCGCCCCCCUCCGGCCCCUGCGGCUCGCAGCCGGGGCCCAGCGACGGCCCCCACAGAAACCUCACGGGGACCGGUGCCUGGGGGGCCACAGCACCCCCCCACGACGGCCCCCAGCCACGCCCGUCCCCAGCCACGAAUGUGUCUUUCAGCGGCGAACCUCUGAACCUUAACACUGACGGACCAAACCCCGCGAAGCAGGAGCCCCCGAGCCCCGCCCACGGCCUCCCGGGCUGGGGGGCCUCGCCCCCUCCUGGGACCUCGCGGGUGAAUGGAGAGGGGGGCUCCGUUUGGGGCGAUGGAGACGCCACGUCCUCCGUUUCCAAGGAUUCGGGGUGGGACCCCGGCCCCGGGCACGCCCCCCCCUCCUGGGAUAGCGGCGGGUGGGGUCAGCCGCGGGGGGAGGACUGGGGCAAGCAUUCCGGCGAGGCCAAAGGCUGGGAGGGGGGGGCCGGCAGCCCCCCGCGGGAGCAGCCCAACUCCUGGACCCGCCCCGGCGACGCCCCUAGCGACGCCCCGCCCAGCGAGGGCAGCAGCGACAGCCAGGAGGGCGGGCGUGGCCGGAGGGAGCGGCUCUCCCCGGAGGAGGCUCCACCCGCCCCCGCCCCCGUCCCCGCCCCGGACCUGGACCCCCGCGUCCUGUGCAACACGGGCUGGGGCCAGACGCCCGUCCGCCAGCACACCUCCUGGGAGACCAAGGAGGCGGCCCGUGCCUCCCAAAAGAGCGACAAGGGGACGGAGGCCUGGGGCCCGUCCUCUUCCUCCUCCUCCUCGUCCUCGUCCUGCUCUUCUUCUUCCUCCUCGUCCGCCGCUGCUCCCCUGGCCAGCCCACCUCCCGGCUCCGCCCCACGGUCUGACUCCGGGGGGAGGGGCGAAGGGGGCGGAGCCUCAUCUGGCUGGGGGGGCGUGGCUCCGACACCCGGCCAGCCCAGCUCCGGAUGGGGGGACCCGCCCCCAGGAAAGAAGGCCCCAAACGGGGGCGGAGCAGGAGGAGGAGGAGGAGGGGGCUGGGGUGGCCCCCAAAACGGCGGAGGCCCCAAGAGUGGCCCGUGCUGGACCCCCGAAGAGAAGUCCGCUGGCUGGGACGAUGCCCAAGCCAAGCCCAAAACGCAGGGCUGGGGGGACGGGCCCAAGCCCCCCCACGGCUGGGGGAACGGAGGCGGAGGGGGGAGCCCCGCUCGGGGGGACUGGGGUGAGCCUGGGGAGGGGAAGAAGAGCGGACCUCCGCCCUGGGACGGGGAAGGAGGCGGCUGGAAGGAGAACCCCCGCGGCUGGAGCAAGCCGGGGACAGGAGGUGGGGGAGGAGGAGGAGAAGCAGGAGGUGGAGGAGGAGGUGCGGGUUGGGGUGACUCCCAGAGACCUGCUCCUCCCGCGCAGGGCUGGGCCAGCAAGCCCCAGGACAGCCCCAGCGGCGGGGGCGGAACUGUGGGGUCGUGGGGAGACCCCGGCGUGGGGAAGCAGUGUGGGUCGGGCUGGGGGGGCGGAGGGGGCGGAGCCAAGCGCGACCCCCCAGGAGGAGAGCCCACUGGGUGGGAGGAGCCUUCGCCCCCCUCCAUCCGCCGAAAGAUGGAGAUCGACGACGGCACGUCGGCCUGGGGGGACCCCAACACCCACCACAAGACCGUCAACCUGUGGGACCGCAACAGCCAUGUGACCCAGGGCAGCCCGGCGCCCGGCAACAGCGCCGGUGCUGGCGGGAACCCCCCGGCGCCUAGCAACAGCAGCAGGGGCGGCAACAACAAUAACAACUCCCACCAGCACCACCCGCACCACCCCCACCACCCCCCCCACAACCCCCCCGCGGUACAGGGUCACGGGCACGUUGCCCCGGCCAACGGCAGCAACACCAACGCCGGGGGCUCUGCCAGCAUGCCCCCCCCUCACCCGCACCAGCCUGGAGCCCCGCAGAGCCGACCCCCCCUGGCCAACCCGGGUUGGGGCGAGCUCCCCAGCGUGCACUCCAAGGCGGAGCCCUCAUGGGGCGAGCCGGCCCCCCCCACCCCGGCUGUGGACAACGGGACCUCGGCCUGGGGCAAACCCCAGGGCAGCCCCGGGGGCUGGGGCAACGGCGGCCCUGAAUCUGCGGGGCCCUACGGCAGGGCCAGUGCACCGUCCGGGCCGCCCCCCUGCAAGCCAGCCCCCAAAUCUAUGCAAGACGGCUGGGGAGGCGGCGGGGAGGAGCCGGGCCCGGCGGGGGGGCCGUGGGAGCCGGACGACGGGGACGUGUGGAACAGUCCCGCCUCCCAGGAGAGCAGCUCCUCCUGCAGCUCCUGGGGGAACCCCCCCAAAAAGGGCCCCCAGAAGGGGAAGGUGGCCAGCAAGCAGGAUGAAGCCUGGAUCAUGAACCGCCUGAUCAAGCAGCUCACAGACAUGGGCUUCCCGAGAGACCCAGCAGAAGAGGCACUGAAAAGCAACAACAUGAACCUGGAUCAGGCAAUGAGUGCCCUGCUGGAGAAGAAGACUGAGCUGGACAAGCGGGGGAUGGGCCUCUCUGAGUACAGCAGCGGCCUGGGCAGCAAGCCCAUGAGCUGCAGGCUGCCCCCCCUCGCCAAAGAGUCCUGCUCAGACCGCGCCCCCUUCGGGGACAAGGUGCAGGGUGGGAUGUUUGUCAGUAGUGGAGCAGCACAAACCCGGGCCAUGCAGCAGCAGGCUCCGCCCCCUCAGCCGUCAGUGCCCCUCGGCUCCGCCCAGCCUAGCCUACGAGCUCAAGUGCCUCAGUUUCUCUCCCCUCAGGUUCAAGCACAGCUCUUGCAGUUUGCAGCAAAAAACAUCGGUCUGAACCCUGCACUUCUGACCUCUCCCAUAAGCCCCCAACACAUGACCCUGCUGAACCAACUUUACCAACUGCAGCUGGCAUAUCAGCGUCUACAGAUCCAGCAGCAGGUGCUGCAGGGUCAGCGCAACGUGUCCGGGCCCAUCAGACAACAAGAGCAGCAAGUUGCACGUACAAUCAAUAACAUGCAGCAGCAGAUCCAGCAGCACCAGCGGCAGCUGGCCCAGACCCUCCCCCUCUCUGCACCCUAACCCUAAAGCUCCUCCCACUCUCUGCACCCUAACCCUAAAGCUCCUCCCCCUCUCUGCUAAGCAGCAGCCCCCCCUCUCCGGCCCGCACCCAACGCCGCAAGUCGCCCUGCGCUCCCACCCCAGGCUUCUGGCCUGUCCGACCUGCAGACCAAAGAACCGCAGUCUUCACCCAACUCCUACAGCCCGUACCCCCUCUCUGGACUGAACCCCAACAUGAAUGUAAACAGCAUGGAGGUGGGCGGUUUGUCCAUGAAGGAGCCCCCCCAGCCCCAGUCCCGCCUCUCGCAGUGGACCCACCCCAACGCCAUGGAGACCCUUUCCGGAAGCUCCUCCCCCCUGGAACCCAACCUCAACAAGCAUGGUGCCCUCGGCACAGGUGCAAACUUGGGCCCUCCAGGAAAACCCCCCCUGGAUGAUUCCUACAGCCCCUACAGUCUGAUGUCCGGCUCUGAGGCCCCUCCCAGCCCGCUGGUGACCCCUGACAGCUGGGGUCAGGGCAAGAACGCCAACGACAAGAUCGCCAACGGGACCAACAUCAAUUGGCCUCCAGAGUUCUGUCCAGGAGUUCCCUGGAAAGGACUACAGAACAUUGACCCGGAAACGGAUCCCAACAUGACCCCAGGAAGUGUUCCCAGUGGCCCUACCAUCAACACCAACAUCCAGGAUGUGAAUCGCUAUUUGCUGCGGGACCGAAGUGGAGGCUCCUCCCCAACAUCAGCUCAGAACGAGGCAUCGCCUCCCUCCGGCGAUUGGCCGGUCAGCGCCUACGGUAGCUCGUUCCCUUUUCCCUCUGCGGAUGCUGAGGAUGCAGCUAAGCUGUCUGAUAUGAAGUCCUCCUGGUCUCCUGGGUCCGUGUCGCACCCCCAGGCCUCCCUGUCCCACGAGCUCUGGAAGGUUCCGCAGGGUCCCAGAAACGCCGCCACCCCCACCCGCCCCCCACCAGGCCUGACCAACACCAAGCCCUCCUCCACCUGGGGGGGCGGCGCGCUCGGCCUGGUGCCUGGCUGGAGCAGCUCCUACUCUGCAGGUACCACCUGGAGUACGGACAGCUCCAACAGGACCAGCAGUUGGCUGGUUCUGAGGAACCUCACACCUCAGAUCGAUGGCUCGACCCUGCGGACGCUGUGCAUGCAGCACGGGCCCCUCAUCACAUUCCACCUCAACCUGACCCAGGGCAACGCCGUGGUGCGCUACAGCUCCAAGGAGGAGGCCGCCAAGGCCCAGAAGUCCCUGCACAUGUGUGUGCUGGGAAACACCACCAUCCUGGCGGAGUUUGCGGGGGAGGAGGAAGUCAACCGAUUCUUUGCACAAGGCCAGUCCCUGGCCACCACGCCCACCAGCAGCUGGCAGCCCAACCAGGGAACCAAUCAGACGCGGCUGGGGGGGGCAGGGGCGGGGCCGUCGCACGCCAUGGGCCACUGGAACAGCAGCGGGGGUGUGGCCAAGACGGGCGGAGACCUGCUGUGGGGCGGAGUCCAGCAGUACUCUAGCCUAUGGGGACCGCCCGGCGGGGAGGAUGGGCGGGUCAAUGGAAGCCCUACACCAAUCAACACGCUGCUUCCUGGGGACCUGCUGAGCGGAGAGUCCAUGUAGGAUUAUAGAGAAACCUUUAAAAAAAAAGAAAAGAAAAAACAACCAACGGACUUGAGGAAAGCUACAGAAAUAAAAUCAAAAAAACAUGCAAAUGGAAAAAAAUGAAUCCGAUAAAAACCAAGCAAAUCGUGUGACGAUAAUCAGUACCAGUGGAUUUUUUUAGCCAGGAGCCUCGACAUUCAAUGCCUUUGAGGGCUGAGGUUCGAGGCGUUUGAGGGUUGAGGUUCGAGGCCUUUGAGGGUUGAGGUUUGGGGCCUUUGCUGAAUUCAGUUGGAUUCAGUCCACUAUCUUUGGGAAAAGAAACCCACCCUGAGUUAGAAUAUCCAAACACUUGUUUUUUCUUUAUUUUGGAGAAGAGAGAAGAAAACAAUGACUGAACCUUUUUUAUGAAUGAACUUACUCUAGUAACCAGACUUUUGCUGUGAAGUGUCUUUUGGGUUUUUU